AUGCCGCGCUCGCGGAGAUGGGAGCAGGGGCGCUGCGGAUGCCCCGCGGGGAGGGCUCGCGGCGAAGCCGGGAUUUCGGCGCUCGUGCCGGGCCCCCGACCUGGUCCUGGUCUCUACCCCCGCCGUCUCCCCGCCUUAACCUCGCACCCGCCCAAUCGCCCACCCUCAUUUUCAGUUUUGCCUCUCUACCUCCACCCCACUCUCAACCACGUCGCCACCUCCACCCUCACGCUCACUGCUGCCCCCAACCCCACUGCAACUUGGCCAGGGGCUGAGAGAAAUGGCGCGCCUCCUCCCCAUUUCCGCGUCUGCGGGGUCUCCCCUUCCCUGCCUUCGCCCAUUUUCUCCGGAACGGAACCCUCGCCCCCGCUGGAGCCGCCCUCAGACUGCGGCCGCCACCCCCUCCCCAAUUGUCUCCCUCCUUCGGCGCUCCGGGCUACCGAGCGCCCGGGCUGCGGCAGCGGCGGCGCUGGCGGCAGGAUCGCUACCGGCGACCGAGUCGAGGAGGGGGCAGACCCGGCGGGUGCGGCGAGUCCCGAACUUCGCUGUGUCUGGCUGCAGCUUGCCGACCGCGGAAGAGCCAUAGCCGCCGACACCCAGAGAGGGGCGCCCGCGAUGCACGCGCCUGGGAACUUGGUCUUGCUCACACCCACACCCACCAGAAAGCUGUGCACAUCAAUGCCGCUGGUCACCCAGACUUGCCACAUGGGCAGUGGGGGGAUCUUCUCUAUCGGCCGUCAGGCCUCUCUGAGGUUUGUCCUGACUUAUCUCCUCAAAAUUAUCAUUAUUUGUAGACAACUUCUUUUCUCUCUCCCAGGCCAGAACUGUACGUUCCAACUGCAGGGUCCCAAUGGGACAGUCGAGAGCCCAGGGUUCCCGUAUGGCUACCCCAAUUACGCCAACUGCACGUGGACCAUCACCGCGGAGGACCAGCACAGGAUCCAGCUCGUGUUCCAGUCCUUUGCCCUGGAAGAGGACUUUGAUGUCCUGUCAGUGUUUGAUGGCCCACCCCAGCCAGAGAACCUGCGAACAAGACUCACAGGCUUUCAGCUGCCAGCCACCAUCGUUAGCGUGGCCACCACUCUCUCUCUGCGCCUCAUCAGUGACUACGCAGUCAGUGCCCAGGGCUUCCAUGCCAGCUAUGAAGUUCUCCCCAGUCACACGUGCGGGAACCCAGGGAGGCUGCCCAACGGUAUCCAGCAGGGCUCCACCUUCAACCUGGGCGACAAGGUCCGCUACAGCUGCAACCCCGGCUUCUUCCUGGAGGGCCAUGCCGUGCUCACCUGCCACGCCAGCUCCGAGAAUAGCGCCACGUGGGACUUCCCCCUGCCCUCCUGCAGAGCGGACGAUGCCUGUGGUGGGACCCUGCGGGGCCAGAGCGGCAUCAUCUCCAGCCCCCACUUCCCCUCGGAGUACCAUAACAACGCCGACUGCACGUGGACCAUCCUGGCCGAGCUGGGGGACACCAUUGCCUUGGUCUUUAAUGACUUCCAGCUGGAGGAUGGUUAUGACUUUCUGGAAGUCACGGGGACCGAAGGCUCCUCCCUCUGGUUCACCGGAGCCAGCCUCCCAGCCCCUGUCAUCAGCAGCAAGAACUGGCUGCGGCUACACUUCACAUCAGAUGGCAACCACCGGCAGCGCGGCUUCAGCGCCCAGUACCAAGUCAAGAAGCAAAUCGAGUUGAAAUCCCGAGGCGUGAAGCUGAUGCCCAGCAAAGAUAACAGCCAGAAAACGUCUGUGUUAACUCAGGUUGGUGUGUCCCAAGGGCAUAAUAUGUGUCCAGAUCCUGGCAUACCCGAAAGGGGCAAAAGACUAGGCUCGGAUUUCAGGUUAGGAUCCAGCGUCCAAUUCACCUGCAACGAGGGCUAUGACCUGCAAGGGUCCAAGCGGAUCACCUGUAUGAAAGUGAGCGACAUGUUUGCGGCCUGGAGUGACCACAGGCCAGUCUGCCGAGCCCGGAUGUGUGAUGCCCACCUUCGAGGCCCAUCGGGCAUCAUCACCUCCCCCAAUUUUCCCAUUCAGUAUGACAACAAUGCACACUGUGUGUGGGUCAUCACAGCGCUCAACCCCGCCAAGGUGAUCAAGCUCGCCUUUGAGGAGUUUGACUUGGAGAGGGGCUAUGACACCCUAACAGUCGGGGAUGGUGGGCAGGACGGGGACCAGAAAACGGUUCUCUACAUUCUGACAGGUACAUCGGUCCCAGAUCUGAUUGUCAGCACCAACCAUCAAAUGUGGCUUCUCUUCCAGACCGACGGCAGUGGCAGCUCCCUGGGAUUCAAGGCUUCUUACGAAGAGAUCGAGCAGGGCAGUUGCGGUGACCCUGGUAUCCCUGCCUAUGGCCGGAGAGAAGGCUCCCGGUUCCGACACGGUGACACACUCAAGUUUGAGUGUCAGCCUGCCUUUGAGCUAGUGGGGCAGAAGGCAAUCACGUGCCAAAAGAAUAACCAGUGGUCUGCUAAGAAGCCAGGCUGUGUGUUUUCCUGCUUCUUCAACUUCACCAGCCCCUCUGGGGUCGUCCUGUCCCCCAACUACCCAGAGGACUACGGCAACCACCUGCAUUGCGUCUGGCUCAUCCUGGCCCGGCCCGAGAGCCGGAUCCACCUGGCCUUCAAUGACAUCGACGUGGAGCCGCAGUUUGAUUUCCUGGUCAUCAAGGACGGGGCCACAGCUGAGGCCCCAGUGCUAGGCACUUUCUCAGGAAACCAGCUCCCCUCCUCCAUCACCAGCAGUGGCCAUGUGGCCCGUCUCGAGUUCCAGACUGACCACUCCACAGGGAAGCGGGGCUUCAACAUCACCUUUACCACAUUCCGACACAACGAGUGCCCGGAUCCUGGUGUUCCAGUGAACGGCAAACGGUUUGGGGACAGCCUUCAGCUGGGCAGCUCCAUCUCUUUCCUCUGUGAUGAAGGCUUCCUGGGGACCCAGGGCUCAGAGACCAUCACCUGCAUCCUGAAGGAGGGCAGCGUGGUGUGGAACAGCGCCGUGCUGCGAUGCGAAGCUCCCUGCGGUGGUCAUCUGACUUCUCCCAGUGGCACCAUCCUCUCUCCAGGCUGGCCUGGCUUCUACAAGGAUGCCUUGAGCUGUGCCUGGGUGAUUGAAGCCCAGCCAGGCUACCCCAUCAAAAUCACCUUCAACAGAUUUAAAACCGAGGUCAACUAUGACACCCUGGAAGUGCGAGAUGGACGGACCUACUCAGCGCCCCUAAUUGGGGUUUACCAUGGGACCCAGGUCCCUCAGUUCCUCAUCAGCACCAGCAACUACCUCUACCUCCUCUUCUCCACAGACAAGAGUCACUCGGACAUUGGCUUCCAGCUCCGCUAUGAGACUAUCACACUACAGUCAGACCACUGUCUGGAUCCAGGGAUCCCCGUCAAUGGGCAGCGUCAUGGGAAUGACUUCUACGUCGGUGCUCUGGUGACCUUCAGCUGCGACUCGGGCUACACGUUAAGUGACGGGGAGCCCCUGGAGUGUGAGCCCAACUUCCAGUGGAGCCGGGCCCUGCCCAGCUGUGAAGCUCUCUGUGGUGGUUUCAUUCAAGGCUCCAGUGGGACCAUCUUAUCACCCGGGUUCCCUGACUUCUACCCCAACAACUUGAACUGCACCUGGGUUAUUGAAACGUCACAUGGCAAGGGGGUGUUCUUUACUUUCCACACCUUCCACCUGGAGAGUGGCCAUGACUACCUCCUCAUCACUGAGAACGGCAGCUUCACCCAGCCCCUGAAGCAGCUGACUGGCUCACGGCUGCCAGCUCCCAUCAGCGCUGGGCUCUAUGGCAACUUCACCGCCCAGGUCCGCUUCAUUUCUGAUUUCUCCAUGUCAUAUGAAGGCUUCAACAUCACCUUCUCAGAGUAUGACUUGGAGCCCUGUGAGGAGCCCGAGGUCCCAGCCUACAGCAUCCGGAAGGGCUUGCAGUUUGGCGUGGGUGACACCUUGACCUUCUCCUGCUUCCCCGGGUACCGCCUGGAGGGCACCGCCCGCAUCAUGUGCCUGGGGGGCAGACGGCGCCUGUGGAGCUCGCCUCUGCCAAGGUGUGUUGCUGAGUGUGGGAGUUCAGUCACGGGCACUCAGGGUACUUUGCUGUCUCCCAACUUCCCUGUGAACUACAAUAACAACCACGAAUGCAUCUACUCCAUCCAGACCCAGCCAGGGAAGGGAAUUCAGCUUAAAGCCAAGGCAUUUGAACUCUCUGAAGGAGAUGUCCUCAAGGUGUACGAUGGCAACAACAACUCUGCCCGUUUGCUGGGGGUGUUCAGCCGCUCUGAGAUGUUGGGAAUGACUUUGAACAGCACGUCCAGCAGUCUGUGGCUUGAUUUUAUCACCGACGCUGAAAACACCAGCAAGGGCUUUGAACUGCACUUUUCCAGUUUUGAACUCAUCAAAUGCGAGGACCCAGGAACCCCCCCGUUUGGCUACAAAGUCCAUGAUGGAGGUCAUUUUGCAGGGAGCUCUGUGUCCUUCAGCUGUGACCCUGGAUACACCCUGCGGGGCAGUGAGGAGCUGAUGUGUCUGAGUGGCGAGCGCAGGACCUGGGACUGGCCUCUCCCCACCUGCAUCGCUGAAUGUGGUGGGACAGUGAAAGGAGAACUGUCAGGACGGGUGCUGUCACCAGGGUAUCCAGCUCCUUACGAACACAAUCUCAACUGCAUCUGGACCAUCGAGGCUGAUGCUGGCUGCACCAUUGGGCUCCACUUCCUGGUGUUUGACACGGAGGAGGUCCACGACGUGCUGCGCAUCUGGGAUGGGCCUGUGGAGAGCGGGGUCCUGCUGAAGGAGCUCAGUGGCCCGGCACUGCCCAAGGACCUGCACAGCACCUUCAACUCGGUUGUUCUGCAGUUCAGCACCGACUUCUUCACCAGCAAGCAGGGGUUUGCCAUCCAGUUCUCAGUGUCCACAGCAACGUCCUGCAAUGACCCAGGGGUCCCGCAGAAUGGGAGCCGGAGUGGCAACAGUUGGGAAGCGGGCGACUCCACGGUGUUCCAGUGUGACCCUGGCUAUGCACUGCAGGGAAGCGCAGAGAUCAGCUGUGUGAAGAUUGAGAACAGGUUCUUCUGGCAGCCCAGCCCACCAACGUGCAUCGCUCCUUGUGGGGGAGACCUGACAGGACCAUCUGGAGUCAUUCUGUCGCCAAAUUACCCAGAACCCUACCCGCCAGGCAAGGAGUGUGACUGGAAAGUGACCGUCUCGCCAGACUACGUCAUCGCCCUGGUAUUUAACAUCUUUAACUUGGAGCCUGGCUAUGACUUCCUCCAUGUCUACGAUGGACGAGACUCUCUCAGCCCUCUCAUAGGAAGCUUCUACGGCUCCCAGCUCCCAGGGCGCAUUGAGAGCAGCAGCAACAGCCUCUUCCUCGCCUUCCGCAGCGACGCGUCUGUGAGCAAUGCUGGCUUCGUCAUUGACUACACAGAAAACCCCCGGGAGUCGUGUUUCGACCCUGGUUCCAUCAGGAAUGGCACGCGAGUGGGUUCCGACCUGAAGCUGGGCUCCUCCAUCACCUACUACUGCCAUGGGGGUUAUGAAGUGGAGGGCUCCUCUACCCUGAGCUGCGUCCUGGGGCCCGAUGGGAAGCCUGUGUGGAACAACCCCCGGCCAGUCUGCACAGCCCCCUGUGGGGGACAGUAUGUAGGUUCGGAUGGAGUGGUCUUGUCCCCCAACUACCCCCAGAACUACACCAGUGGACAGAUCUGCCUGUAUUUUGUCACCGUACCCAAGGACUAUGUGGUGUUUGGCCAGUUCGCCUUCUUCCACACGGCCCUCAAUGAUGUGGUGGAGGUGCACGACGGCCACAGCCAGCACUCCCGGCUCCUCAGCUCCCUCUCGGGCUCCCACACAGGAGAAUCGCUGCCCUUGGCCACCUCCAAUCAAGUUCUCAUUAAGUUCAGUGCCAAAGGCCAAGCACCAGCCAGAGGUUUCCACUUUGUCUACCAAGCGGUGCCUCGAACCAGUGCCACGCAGUGCAGCUCAGUGCCGGAGCCCCGCUAUGGCAGGAGGCUGGGCAGUGACUUCUCAGUGGGCGCCGUCAUCCGCUUCGAAUGCAACUCCGGCUAUGCCUUGCAAGGAUCCCCAGAGAUCGAGUGCCUCCCUGUUCCCGGGGCCCUGGCCCAGUGGAAUGUGUCAGCACCAACAUGUGUGGUGCCAUGUGGAGGCAACCUCACAGAGCGAAGGGGCACCAUCCUGUCCCCCGGUUUCCCGGAGCCCUACCUGAACAGCCUCAACUGCGUGUGGAAGAUCAUGGUCCCGGAAGGUGCUGGCAUCCAGGUGGGGGCAAGUGAACCAACAAACACAUGGAAGCAUGGAGAACUACCAGGUGAAAAGCAUUGGGGAGCACCAGCCAGGAGGCCGAGGGGAGAGAAAGCUCAACUAGGAGGCACCCUAAUCGCUGCCGCCAGCACAGCCCUCCCUCUGUCUGCUACUGCACUGACCUGCUGGGCUUGUCCAUUCUCCUUUCUCUCUGUCUCUGUCUUUCUAGCCGUGGGGCUGAGCAGCUGUCCGGAACCUGCAGUGCCCAGUAAUGGGGUGAAGUCUGGCGAGCGCUACUUGGUGAAUGAUGUGGUCUCUUUCCAGUGUGAGCCGGGAUAUGCCCUCCAGGGCCACGCCCACAUCUCCUGCAUGCCGGGGACCGUGCGGCGAUGGAACUACCCUCCGCCACUCUGUAUCGCGCAGUGUGGGGGAGCAGUGGAAGAGAUGGAGGGGGUGAUCCUGAGCCCAGGCUUCCCAGGCAACUACCCCAGCAACAUGGACUGCUCCUGGAAGAUAGCACUUCCCGUGGGUUUUGGAGCUCACAUCCAGUUCCUAAACUUCUCCACCGAGCCCAACCAUGAUUUCCUAGAAAUCCGGAACGGCCCCUACGAGACCAGCCGCAUGAUGGGGAGAUUCAGUGGAAGCGAGCUUCCCAGCUCCCUGCUCUCCACGUCCCAUGAGACCACCGUGUAUUUCCACAGUGACCACUCCCAAAACCGGCCAGGAUUCAAGCUGGAAUAUCAGGCCUAUGAACUCCAAGAGUGCCCAGACCCAGAACCCUUUGCCAAUGGCAUUGUGAGGGGAGCUGGCUACAACGUUGGACAGUCAGUGACCUUUGAGUGCCUCCCAGGAUAUCAACUGAUUGGCCACCCUGUCCUCACAUGUCAACAUGGCACCAACCGGAACUGGGACCACCCCCUGCCCAGGUGUGAAGUCCCCUGUGGUGGGAACAUCACCUCUUCCAAUGGUACUGUGUACUCACCGGGGUUCCCCAGUCCAUACUCCAGCUCCCAGGACUGUGUCUGGCUGAUCACCGUGUCCAUUGGUCAUGGCAUCCGCCUCAACCUCAGCCUGCUGCAGACAGAGCCCUCCAGAGACUUCAUCACCAUCUGGGAUGGACCACAACAGACAGCUCCACAGCUCGGAGUCUUCACCCGGAGCUUGGCCAAGAAAACAGUGCACAGCUCAUCCAACCAGGUUCUGCUCAAGUUCCACCGUGAUGCGGCCACAGGUGGGAUCUUCGCCAUAGCCUUCUCCGUGCACUGCCCAACGAAUGAGCUUCUGACAGACUCCACAGGCGUGAUCCUGAGUCAGAGCUACCCCGGAAGCUAUCCCCAGUUCCAGACCUGCUCUUGGCUAGUGAGAGUGGAGCCAGACUAUAACAUCUCCCUCACAGUGGAGUACUUCCUCAGCGAGAAGCAGUAUGACGAGUUUGAAAUCUUUGAUGGUCCCUCAGGACAAAGUCCUCUGCUGAAAGCCCUCAGUGGGAAUUACUCAGCACCCUUGAUUGUCACCAGCUCAAGCAACUCUGUGUACCUGCGCUGGUCAUCUGACCACGCCUACAAUCGGAAGGGUUUUAAGAUUCGGUAUUCAGCCCCUUACUGCAGCCUGCCCAGGGCUCCGCUCCACGGUUUCAUCCUGGGCCGGACCACCACCCAGCCUGGAGGCUCCAUCCACUUCAGCUGCAACACUGGCUACCGCUUGGUGGGACACAGCAUGGCCAUUUGUACCCGCCACCCCCAGGGUUACUACCUGUGGAGCGAGGCCAUUCCUCUCUGUCAAGCUCUUUCCUGUGGGAUUCCUGAGGCCCCCAAGAAUGGAAUGGUGUUUGGAAAGGAGUACACGGUGGGGACCAAGGCUGUGUACAGCUGCAGUGAAGGCUUCCACCUCCAGGCAGGGGCUGAGGCUACAGCAGAGUGUCUGGAGACAGGCCUGUGGAGCAACAACAACAUCCCCCCACAAUGUGUCGCUGUGACCUGUCCCGACAUCAGCAGUAUCAGUGUGGAACAUGGACGGUGGAGGCUCAUCUUUGAGACACAGUACCAGUUCCAGGCCCAGCUGAUGCUCAUCUGUGACCCUGGCUACUACUAUACUGGCCAAAGGGUCAUCCGCUGUCAGGCCAAUGGCAGAUGGAGCCUUGGGGAGUCUCUGCCCACCUGCCAAAUCAUUUCCUGUGGAGAGCUCCCCAUCCCCCCCAACGGACACCGCAUUGGAACACUGUCCGACUACGGAGCAACGGCCAUCUUCUCCUGCAAUUCCGGAUACACACUGGUGGGCUCAAGGGUGCGGGAGUGCAUGGCCAAUGGGCUCUGGAGUGGCUCUGAAGUCCGCUGCCUUGGUAAUCUGGUCAGGCUGUGGUCUGUGAGCUUCUCUUCGAUUUACUCUUUUCCUCCAUCCGCCACCAAAGCCGGACACUGUGGGAUUCCUGAGCCCAUCGUGAAUGGACACAUCAAUGGGGAGAACUACAACUACCGGGGCAGCGUGGUAUACCAGUGCAACGCUGGCUUCCGCCUCAUCGGCAUGUCUGUGCGAAUCUGCCAGCAGGAUCAUCACUGGUCGGGCAAGACCCCUUUCUGUGUGCCAAUCACCUGUGGACACCCAGGCAACCCUGUCAAUGGCCUCACUCAGGGCAAUCAGUUUAACCUCAACGAUGUGGUCAAGUUUGUUUGCAACCCUGGGUAUGUGGCUGAGGGGCCCGCCAGGUCCCAAUGCCUGGCCAGUGGUCAAUGGAGCGACAUGCUGCCCACCUGCAGAAUCAUCAACUGUACAGAUCCUGGGCACCAAGAGAACAGCGCUCGUCAGGUCCACGCCACUGGCCCACACAGGUUCAGCUAUGGCACCACAGUGUCAUACCAAUGCAACCACGGCUUCUACCUCCUGGGCACCCCAGUGCUCAGCUGCCAGGGAGAUGGCACAUGGGAUCGUCCCCGCCCCCAGUGUCUCUUGGUGUCCUGUGGCCAUCCAGGCUCCCCGCCCCAUGCCCAGAUGUCCGGAGACAGCUACGCUGUGGGGGCUGUCGUACGUUACAGUUGCACUGGCAAGCGGACACUGGUGGGAAAUGCUACCCGCGUGUGUGGGCUGGAUGGACACUGGACUGGCUCCCUCCCCCACUGCUCAGGAACCAGCAUGGGCUUCUGUGGUGACCCUGGGAUCCCUGCCCAUGGCAUCCGUUUGGGGGAUAGCUUUGCUCCAGGCAGUCUCAUGCGCUUCAGCUGUGAAGCUGGCCAUGUGCUCCGGGGAUCAUCAGAGCGGACCUGUCAAGCCAACGGCAUGUGGAGCGGCACACAGCCUGAGUGUGGAGUGAUCUCUUGUGGGAACCCUGGGACUCCAAGCAAUGCCCGAGUUGUGUUCAGUGACAGCCUGGUUUUCUCCAGCUCCAUCGUCUAUGAGUGCCGGGAAGGCUACUACGCCACAGGGCUGCUCAGCCGACACUGCUCAGUCAACGGCACCUGGACAGGCAGUGACCCAGAGUGCCUAGUCAUAAACUGUGGUGACCCUGGGAUUCCAGCCAAUGGCCUCCGGCUGGGCAAUGACUUCAGGUACAACAAAACAGUGACAUACCAGUGUGUCCCUGGCUACAUGAUGGAAUCCCACAGAGUGUCUGUGCUGACCUGCACCAAGGACCGGACAUGGAAUGGGACCAAGCCAGUCUGCAAAGCUAUCAUGUGCAAACCACCUCAGCUCAUCCCCAACGGGAAGGUGGUAGGAUCUGACUUCAUGUGGGGCUCCAGCGUGACGUACGCCUGCCUGGAGGGCUACCAGCUAUCCCUCCCUGCGGUGCUCACCUGUGAGGGAAACGGAUCCUGGACCGGGGAGCUGCCUCAAUGUUUCCCUGUGUUCUGUGGAGAUCCCGGUGUCCCACCCCGCAGCAGGAGAGAGGACAGGGGCUUCUCCUACAGAUCGUCGGUCUCCUACUCCUGCCAGCCCUCUCUGGUGCUGGUGGGCUCUCCACGGAGGUUUUGCCAGUCAGAUGGAACAUGGAGUGGCACCCAGCCCAGCUGCAUAGACCCAGCGCUGACCAUGUGUACAGACCCCGGUGUGCCGCAGUUUGGGAUACAGAACAAUUCCCAGGGCUACCAGGUUGGGAGCACAGUACUCUUCCGUUGUCAGAAAGGCUACCUACUUCAGGGCUCCACCACCAGAACCUGCCUCCCCAACCUGACCUGGAGUGGAAACCCACCUGACUGCAUCCCCCACCACUGCAAGCAGCCAGAGACACCAACCCAUGCCAAUGUUGGGGCCCUGGACUUGCCCUCCAUGGGCUACACACUCAUCUAUUCCUGCCAGGAGGGCUUCUCCCUGAAGGGUGGCUCUGAGCACCGCACCUGCAAAGCAGAUGGCAGCUGGACAGGCAAACCACCCAUCUGCCUGGAGGUCCGGCCCAGUGGGAGACCCAUCAACACUGCCCGGGAGCCACCGCUCACUGAAGCGUCAGUUCCUGGGGAUGUUUUUGCCAAGAAUUCUCUGUGGAAGGGGGCCUAUGAGUACCAGGGGAAGAAGCAGCCAGCCAUGCUCAGAGUGACUGGCUUCCAGGUUGUCAACAGCAAAGUCAAUGCCACCAUGAUUGACCACAGCGGUGUGGAGCUGCACUUGGCUGGAACUUACAAGAAAGAAGAUUUCCAUCUCCUACUCCAGGUCUACCAGAUCACAGGACCAGCGGAGAUCUUCGUGAAUAAGUUCAAAGAUGACCACUGGGCUUUAGAUGGGCAUGUCUCCUCAGAGUCCUCCGGAGGCACCUUCAUCUACCAAGGGUCUGUCAAAGGCCAAGACUUUGGGCAGUUCGGCUUUCAAAGACUUGACCUCAGGCUGCUGGAGUCAGACCCUGAGUCCAUCGGCCGCCACUUUGCUUCCAACAGCAGCUCGGUGGCCGCUGCAAUCCUGGUGCCUUUCAUCGCCCUCAUCAUCGCAGGCUUUGUGCUCUAUCUCUACAAGCACAGGAGACGACCCAAAGUUCCAUUCAAUGGCUAUGCUGGCCACGAGAACACAAAUGUCCGGGCCACGUUUGAGAACCCAAUGUAUGACCGCAACAUCCAGCCCACAGACGUCAUGGCCACUGAGGCAGAGUUCACAGUCAGCACAGUAUGUACAGCUGUAUAG